GUCCCCUUCUACUCUUCCCCAUGUAACACCGUCAAUCGUGAAAUACUACAGAGCUCCAAGACAUCUACAAAAAUCUAUCUACCGGAAAGCAAUUAGGAUACAAUGUCUUUGCACAGUCUAGCCUAAUACAUCCCCCCUAUUCACCUGUCUAUGUCAGCAAUGAAGCAUUUACUUCCCCCAAACCAGUUCCGACCACGAUCACCUCCGCCAAACCGGUCUUCCACUUGGUCGCUUUGCCCGUAACGUGUCACUAUCGCCGAAAAUGGCCAAAAGCUCCGCCUUCGACCCAGGCCACCACGACCGCGUCACGGUGCUGCACGCCAACUUCAACGGCACCCGCAUCCUGACGGCGUCGAUAGACCAUCGCAUCAAAGUCUGGGAGCGCAAUCCGAAGACGGGCGAGCGCACGUUGCUUGACACGUUCACGGCGCACGAUUCCGAUGUCAGGGAUGCCAAGUUCCUCCACCCAACGCUGGGCACGCACCUGGCCAGCAUAGGCAACGACCUGAAAUUCCACCUGUGGAGCGAAGACGCGUCGCAGCCGCCGCGGGGGGGCCACCGGUUCCGACGGAUCGCGACGAUCGCGUCGACGCCGCGCGUGCCCUUCGUGAGCAUGGACGUCAAGACGCUGGCGACGGACCACGUGUCGACGUUCCUGGCCCUGAUCGACCGGCAGGGCCUGCUGAGCGUGUACGAGCCGAGCAGCCCGGACGACCUGCGCGAGUGGGCGCUGGUGGACUGCUUCAACGUGUGCGCGGGGGCGGCGGCCGCGGCGAGCACGGUGCCCGGCCGCGGCGAAGAGACCAGCUUCAAGGUGCGCUUCGACCCGAACCCGACGCCGCUCGCGUACGUCAACUCAGUCAGCGACGACCGCGAUCAGCUGGGCCUGGUGGUCUGCGCGCUCAACGAGGUCAAGAUCUACCGCAGCGUCGUGCCCUCGCAGUCUGGGAGUGGUGCGGACGUCAGUGUCGGGGGCAUCGGCAUGGGCAUCGGCGGCGGGACGGGGAUCGCCAGCGCGGGGGGCAACGCCAGCCACCGCGUGAUGUUCUACGAGGCUCUCAGGCUGCCCGUGCACCCGGCGCUGGUGAGGGACGUGGCAUGGGCGCCGUUCAGCGUGCGGGGCACGGAUCGCAUCGCGACGGCGUGCAAGGACGGCGCGGUGCGGAUCUUCGAGCUCGGCGUCGCCGAAAGUCCAGACGCAGAUCACGGGACCGGAAACGACAACGGCCAUCGCAACAACAACUAUAACAACGGCCACCCAGCUCGCAACGGCGCCGAGCAGCACUCCACGCCGACACCGACGCGGAGCAUGACCAUGCAACAGCAGCAGCGCCACCAGCAACAGCAGUCGAGCCUGACGACCCAGAUCGCGGGCCGACACGGCGCCGCCGCCGCGGCACACUCAUCUCCCUCCGCGGGCGCGCACACCGCGAACCCGGCGCGGUCGGGCUACGCGUUCCCCUACAUCACCACCAUAUCCUCCGGCACCACGCUCUCGCAGGCGCACACGGACGCGUGGUCCCUCGCGUUCGACUCGCAGGGCCAGGUCCUCAUGAGCACCGGCAGCGACGGGGUGACCAAGGUGUGGCGGAAGAGCGUCCUGGGAGGGCAGUGGAUGAUGUUUGCGGGACAGGAGAUCACCGAGGACGAAGAUGAAACAGACGAGGACGAGGGCGAGGGCGAUGAGAAGAAACAUGGCGCAGAGACCGAGUAAGAUGAUCAGCGUGUAUUGUGAGGAUAAACCUCUAUGCUCUCCUGUACCCGUAUGCCCAUUGCUCGCGACGAUUGACCCCCUCCGACCGAAAUCCACACAAUGCAGCCAAAGUCGGCAUCAUUGCCGUCACGGAGAGGAAAGUGGUGUUUGGGAAGGAGUGCUAGCCGGAAUCACGACAACCUCAGACUGGCGCUUCCAGCCCGCCCCCCUUCCAUGACAUGUCCCCAUCCCAAAUCUCUCGUGCCCCUUCUAAUUACCACCGACUGCCUCGGGCACUUUACUUGGAUCAAAGCCGUACUUUGUCUUGAGACUCUCGACGAGCUUGAUAUAACGGUCCUCGGCGGCCUCGGCGGUGGUGCCGGCGUCGACCUCCUUCUGCCAGGCCUUGUGCUUCGCUUUGCCCUAUUCGCAAGAGACGGAACACGGUCAGUGACGAGGAAUUUCAUGAGCUCAGGGUGAGAUGGAGAGGUGAGGCAAGGUGCAUUGUGAGGGAUGGUACCUUUAGAUCAAACAUUCCUGGAGCGGGGGCCUUGGAGAUGUCCUCGCCAUUGGCGACUUUGAAGAGUGCGUAGAGCUGAAUAACACGGUGGG